AUGGCACUCAACCCGGACGACGUCCGCCCUGAUCCAACAUCAGACCUACAUUGGUCAGACUAUCGAGGGGCCAUCCACGAGAUCUUCGCUGCCAAUGCCAUCAAGUAUCCUGAGCGAGCCUGCGUCAUUGAGACAGCAUCUUCAGAUACACCACGAAGGACGUUCAGCUACCAGCAGAUCAACGAGGCCUCCAACGUUCUAGCGCACCACUUGGUCGCCAAUGGCGUACAACGCGGCGAAGUUGUCAUGGUGUACGCACAUCGCGGCGUACAUCUCGUCGUGGCAGUCAUGGGUGUGCUGAAAGCAGGUGCUACGUUCAGCGUCAUUGACCCUGCAUACCCACCGGACCGCCAGAUCAUCUACUUGGACGUGGCGAGACCGAGGGCGCUUGUUGUAAUCGACAAGGCAACGAGAGAUGCCGGGCCGCUCGAUCGAAGCGUUCGACAGUGGAUCAAGGAGAACUUGAGCCUUCGCACGGAAGUGCCUGCGCUGAAGCUGCAGGGUGACGGGUCUGUUGUAGGCGGCACUAUGGCUCAAGAUGGUGAUUGCUUGGCCUCAUCCUUGGAGAACAGAGCAGACCUCCCAGGCGUUGUUGUUGGCCCGGACAGCACUCCUACCCUGUCCUUCACUUCUGGAUCCGAGGGCAAGCCGAAAGGUGUCAAAGGUCGCCAUUUCUCGUUGGCGUACUACUUCCCAUGGAUGCGGAAGCGAUUUGGCCUGUCGGAGAAUGAUCGUUUCUCGAUGCUCAGCGGGAUUGCCCACGAUCCUAUCCAGCGAGAUAUUUUCACGCCGCUGUUUCUUGGGGCCGCGCUCAUUGUACCUCCUGCAGAGUACAUCACAUUUGAUCGACUUGCAACCUGGGCCAGCGAGAAUCAGAUUACAGUCACUCAUCUGACCCCGGCCAUGGGCCAGAUUCUUCUAGGCAGUACUGAACCGAAAGUCACAAGCCUUCACGGCGCAUUCUUCGUUGGAGACGUGCUAUUGAAGCGCGACUGUCGACGAUUGCAACAGCUGGCCCCGAACUGCAGAAUUAAGAACAUGUACGGAACCACAGAGACCCAACGAGCCGUGUCCUACUACGAGAUCCCAUCACUGAAUCAAGAUCAAAACUUCCUCGACAAGAUGGGAGAUGUCAUCCCCGCCGGCAUGGGCAUGAUGGAUGUUCAGCUGCUUGUUGUCGACCGUGAGAAGCCAGAGCGGCAAUGCGAGGUCGGCGAGAUUGGUGAGAUCUAUGUCCGUGCAGGAGGACUGGCUGAACACUACCUUGGCGACAAGAAGAAGUCGGCGGAGAAGUUUGUGCAGAACUGGUUCGUCGAUCCUCAGAAAUGGGUAGACGAAGAUAAGCAGAGGGUGACCGCCGAAGGUAAGCCUGAACCGUGGCGGGAGUGUUACUUUGGGCCUCGCGAUCGUAUGUACCGCUCUGGAGAUCUAGGGCGCUACAUGCCGGAUGGCAACGUCGAGUGUGUUGGCCGGGCAGACGAUCAGGUCAAGAUCCGUGGAUUCCGCAUCGAGCUCGGCGAGAUCGACACGCACCUGUCCCAGCAUCCAUUGAUUCGUGAGAAUGUCACGCUGGUGAAGCGAGAUCAUAACGAAGAGCAGAUCUUGGUAUCAUACUACGUGCCGGACAUGAAGAAGUGGCGAGAGUGGUAUGGCGAGCAGGAGCAGCAAGAAGCACAGCAACCACAGCAAAACGGCAUCAAACGCAGGGUCUCGGCCAAGGAGAGUAUGGGCGUCGGCCAGCGGAUGAAGAUCUUCGAACUUCUCAGCUUGAAUGCUAGGGAUGCGCUCAAGAAGAAGCUGCCUUCAUAUGCCGUGCCGACGCUGUUUAUCCCGAUGCUGAGAUUACCCUUGACGCCGAACGGGAAAGUCGAUCGACGAGCUCUACCCUUCCCUGAAGAUGCUGACCUGCUAGGCGCUAUCUCCAAGGCGAGCGAUCUGGACGCCAGGACUGAGACCGAGCAAGCUCUGGCAGAUAUAUGGGCAUUCCAUCUGCCUCGUCACACCACGGAUACGCUCCCAAGAGACGCCAAGUUCGAGGACCUUGGUGGGAACAGCAUCAUGGCGGUACAGAUCCUCCCCAAGAUCAACAAGCGAUGGCAUGGUGCAAACGUACCGAUGUCAGCCAUGACGAGCAAGCAGCCGACAUUGAGGAAGCUUGCGAGGUACAUCGAUCGUUCUCUUGACCCUGUCGGACUGAGAAUGGACGUUGCUGAGGCCGAGGACGAGGAAGACCAACCUGAGCAGUACGCUAACGACCUUCAAAAUCACGUCACCAAUCUGCCGCAGGAGUUCCCGCUCUUUAAAGCCAGAGACCCGAAGGAGGCUUUCGAGGGCGGUACCAGCAUCCUACUGACUGGGACGACCGGUUUUCUCGGAGCAUAUAUCCUGCACGAGGCCAUUGUGCGCAAGCACCCAAAUCACGUCUACGCUCACGUCAGGGCGUCGUCGGCCAAGGAGGGGAUGGAUCGGAUUAGAACCACCUGCACGGCAUACGGACUAUGGCAGGAAUGGUGGGCCACCGAAGGCAAUCUCGAAGUCGUCGUUGGAGACCUGGAGAAGCCGCAGCUUGGCUUGAGUGAUGCUGACUUCACCAAGGUCACGAAGGGUACGGAUCUCAUCGUCCAUAAUGGAGCUCGUGUUCAUUGGCUCCUCCCGUAUGAGAGUCUCAAGCCUGCCAACGUACAGUCGACGCUGGAGUGCAUCAAGCUUUGUGCAACUGGCAAGCCAAAGCGGCUGGCUUUCGUGAGCUCGACCAGUGCGUUGGACACCGAGCAUUACGUUCAACAGUCGGAGGGCGGCCAGCCGGUGUUAGAGUCAGACGACCUGGAAGGAAGCCGGCAAGGGCUUGGCACUGGUUACGGUCAGACGAAAUGGGUGUCUGAAACACUCAUCCGAGAAGCCUGCAAGAGGGGCCUUGACGGUGUCAUCGUGCGGCCUGGGUACGUCAUGGGAGAUGAGAAGACUGGUGUCAGCAACACGGAUGACUUCUUGGUCCGGAUGUUGAAGGGUUGUGUUCAGAUUGGGUCACGGCCCGACGUCAGCAAUACGAUCAACAUGGUGCCUGUCCCGCACGUCGCACAGAAGGUUCUGGCUGUUGCACUCCACGCAGACAAGGGCACUGUUUCACAUGUCGAAGCACACCCGCGACUCACUUUCAACCAGUUUCUGGAGACGCUCGAGGAGUAUGAAUACUCAGCUCCAGUCCAAGGCUACGACACCUGGCGGCAGAAGGUUGAACAGUACGUGGAGUCGUCGAAGAACGACCAGGAAGAGCUGGCGCUGCUGGGUCUGUACCACAUGGUCACUGGAAAUCUCCCGGCAGCCACGAAAGCACCGAACCUUGAUGACAACAACGCGAGCAGCGCGCUGGGAAAAGACGAGGAGCUGACCGGGAAGCAAGCAUCUCCUGCUGGAGUGACCAAGGAAGCUGUGGGUGCGUAUCUGAGCUAUCUUGUCGCACGAGGAUUUAUGCAGGCUCCCACGGGUUCUACCAAAUUACUGCCAAAGGUAGAACUGUCGAAGGAGCAAGUCGCUGCGCUGGAUAAGAUUCCCAGCAUGCCUCAAACCAUCCUCCCACCCGCACACAACGGUUGGCUUCCUUACUGGCUCCUCUUCUUGACUAGCUUAGCGGUUCUGAAUACAGUCGGCAACUACGCAUCCGGCCAUGAGCCUUGGAGCAACGCAUCGCAACUGUAUCCGAACGGGAUGUUCACGGCUAUGCAGGGUCGCACGUUCGGCACCUGGACUGCAAUCACAGCAGCUGUCCGGAUCCGAGCCGCCUACGACAUCAAGAACAAAGCACUCUACGAGUUGGCGAUGUUCACUUUACUGGCUACGAUUGUACAUUUCGGGCUCGAAUGGCUGUGGUUCGAGACGAUGUUGAUGACGACCUUCCUGCAAUGGGCCGGAGUGAUCGAUAUCUUCAGUUUCGGCUGGAUGGUGGUCGGGUGGUCGAGAGGAUGGUACUUUACUUGA